AUGUGGCCUCCGUAUGAAAUGUAUAAUCCGUUUUAUAUUUCAGAUCCAUAUCAAGGAUUAGGAUAUGGUGGAGGAUGUACAAAUAUUAUACUGAGCAGAGUACCAUGUCAACAAUCGGUUAGACAGUGGAACAUGUAUCCAGAUUAUCAAUCACCAAACUACAAUACAAGAUCUUAUAGCGGAAUAAUACCACGUAUAUUUGUACCAUACGGUAGUGACAAUAUAAUGCCUCAAACUAACGGGAUUACGAUGGAUUUAUUGAACCGUGCUAUUUUGUUGGAUAAUGCAGAAGCAGCAACAAUAGGUAGCAGCGCUUUAGCACCAAAAUUGCUCGGAGCGAAUAUUCUCAAUGACAAGAACAGAUUUGCGGCUCAUGGUUGUUCCUAUGAUACGAAUCAUAGUAGAUGUGCUGAUAAUUUCAAUCUUUGCAAAGGAAAAUGCAAAAACUUUGGUGAUAACGUAACUGAUGAUUGCAGAUGUGUACCGGAAGAUUUGCUAGCCAUUUUAGGAUUGACGAUGUUUCGAAAAUAA